CGUAGGGCGUGCGUCUGACUCUUCCUCGCCAUGUCUUCUCACAAGACUUUCAGGAUCAAGCGUUUCCUGGCCAAGAAACAAAAGCAGAAUCGGCCCAUUCCCCAAUGGAUUCGGAUGAAAACUGGUAAUAAAAUCAGGUACAACUCCAAGAGGAGACAUUGGAGAAGAACCAAGCUGGGUCUAUAAGGAAUCGCACAUGAGAUGGCACCACAUGUUUUUGCUGUGUCAGGGUUGCUUGGAUCUUAACCGUGGCACUGAAAAGAUCGCUACUAUCUGAACAGUUGGUUGUGUUUUAUUGGGAAGUUAUAGGGAAAAUUAGUUUUGUCUUUAAUAUGUUUCUGCACUAGUAGGUUGGUUCAGUAAUAAAUAUGUGAGGCCUUCUAAACUGUUGUAUUCUGGUUUGUGAAGUAUUCAAUAACACAAGUGUUCUCUGGCUAUCAAGUACUUAAGUAUGGCUAGUAUAAGGAACUGAUACUUAAGUUUUUAUUUUAUUGUAAUUAGUUCCAUGUGGCUAGUGGCUCUUGGACCUUCUGUUAUGGG